GGAAGAAAGGGAGGAAAUGAAGUGGAGGGAGGGGAUGAACAGGGGGCCAAGGAUGUGACGAGGAUGCUAUGCACCUCCGUCUGACACUAACAAGACAAACGCCUCGCCACUGGCUGUUGCUCUGCGCACUGCAAUCCCUGCACUGUUGUCGCUGCACUCCCUGAGUUUUGCAGUCGCUCCCUGACGAGCGGGCCGAAGAAAGAGAAAAAGAGCCAGCGUUUCUUCUGCUCGGGCGAGUGUGAGUGUGUGAUUGUGUUCGUGUGUAGUGUAGCGUUCGCAGUCUGUAGUAAGUACGAGAGCGUACUCCGAGAGUUUGUAUCACAUCACGGUAGAUAGAAGAAGCAGGAGCCGCAGCACCACCACCAGCAGCACCAGCACAAGGAGUAGUAGCAGCAGCAGCAGCAGUUUUAGAAUUCCGGGUACGGAAGCACCAGCACCAGCAGCAGCAGAAGAAGAAGAGGAAGGAAUAUGUUUGGUUGCCCUCCAUCUCUCCUCUCUCUCCCUCCUCUCUCUCUCGCUCGCCCUCUCUCUCUCUCCCCGUGUUACCUCGAGGCCGUCCCGUCGGUCAAUCCUAGGUCUGUCGUUCACAUCCCCCCUGCGAUGCUGGCCCUCGACGCGAGAGUGUAAUUGGAGGCUAUGUUGAUGUACAGAAGUAGAACUAUGCUGCAUCGGUCUUUACGGUCUCUUUAUUGAACAUAUCUCGCACACUUUUCCUUCUCAGUCAGACCUCAAUCUUAUCUGCGUCUUCCGCCCCUUGGUCGUCGUCCUUCCUCCCCUCCCCUCCACUCGCCUCGCCUCGCCUCCUCAACUUUCCGCAUCCUUGUUCCAUAACCUGACAUUAGUUCCGUGCUAUUAGCAGCAGCAGCAGUCGAGCUCGUCGUUUAGAUUGCGCAGGUUUGCCUGAUUGUGUAUUGGUCUCUGUUUCGUCGAGCAAAGGCUCGCACGUCCUGCUUCUUCUUCUUGUGCAUCGCGCUCGCCAGCGCCCGUCUCCCGAACACGGCUCGUGGCGCAUUCGGCCGACCCCGUCUUUUGCUCGCGCCUGUCAAUCCCAGGUCCCAGGCCCGUCCGACAAGCGGCCGCAUCUCGGCAGCGCUCGCCUUCAAUCAUCAGGCCGCGGGCGCGCUGUGUCGUCUCGGACGACGAAGCAGAGGCGAGCUCAUGGUUCAAUAUAGGGUUGCCCAGAUUGGGAAGACUGGGGAAGACUUCGAUUGAAGUUGCGCGCGGCGGAGGACGAGGAGGACGACGACGUCCACGAGCGGCAGCCGCAGCAGCAGCAGCAGCAACGAAGCUGUCACGGUCGAGAUUCAGCAGGUAUCGAGUGAAGGUCAGGGAGAGAGACAAGGCUCGGUCGGUCGGUCGCACAGGCAGCUUCUCCGCUAGAGUCAGGGAAAGAUAGUGCGCUCGGUUGUAGACGAGGAAUGGCAAUGGUCGAACCGGAGCUCUCGUCGAUUUUCAGCCUGCACGCGCAGCAGCAGCAGCAGCAGCAGCAGCAUCACCAUCAGAGCAGCGCCCAGCAGCAGCAGCAGCAGCAACAACAACAGCAGCAGCAUAUGAUGGACUGGUCGUCGCAUGGCCAGGGGGGAAUGGGGCGAGGAGGAGGAGGCAUGAAUCACAAUGAGGAAGUUCCGUCCUACGCGCAAGGAGCAGAUAUGUACCACCAUCCCUACACCCUGUCACCCCAAUCGCCCUUCGACAUGGGCGAGUACCACCAUGUCGAGAAGCAGGAGCCGCCGCACUCCAAUUCCUCGGCCGAGUACGAGUACAUGAAUGUGAACCCGCUGACGCAGGUGGGCUCGAACUUGGGCGGGGGAUCGCACCACCAGGGCGGCUUCCUGACCUCGGCCUCGAGCUUCAUGACGUCGCAGUCGUCGGCCCCGAGCUACACCAACCCCGGCGGUGCAGCGCCCGGAGGCGUGCUGGAAGAGAUAGAUGGCAUCCUGCGCAAUUUCGACAUCCCGCAGCAGCACCACCAUAGCUUAGACAUGGAUCCGCUCUUCGGCGACCUCAUGUCGCUGCCGCAGCAGCAGCAAGCGCUCUACAAUGGAGGUCACACGGGCCUGGGACCUGUGGCGCAGGACCCCUUCGCCCCGCUUAACAUGAUAUCCAUGGAGGAUACGCAGGCCGUCGAGGACCUCGCUAAAUCGCUGCAGGUCGAGAUCAUGUCUGACAGCUCGCAGCUCGACAGUUGCAGCAUGAACUCCGAGAACUCGCCCUACAUCUACGGCAGCGCUUCGCAGGCCGCCAUGCACAGUGGCUACCUCGAUGCGGCCACGAGGGGCGCAUCGACAGGGGGAUGGCAGCAGCAGCAGCACCCGCAGCAGCAAUCGAUGAAGCUGCAAGGUGCUGGGCUUCUGCGCAAGAGCUCGAACCAGCAGCAGCAGGUGAGCGUGAUGACUUCAGCCGGGCUCGGAGGAAGCUACCACAACAUCGAGCAACCGGCAUUCCAGUACUCGCGAGGGCCGACGGCAUACGGGCCGAAUCAAUCGAUGGCGUCGCACAGCUUGCAGUCGAGCGUAGGGCACCAGGAGCAGCAGCAGCAGCAGCAGCAUCCGGACAUCGGGCGAUUGCACCUGAGCGGGGGGCACCCGGGGCUGAGCAACGCGCUGCCGGCGCCAGGGUCGGUGAUGCCAGCGACGGGAUUGCAGCUGGUGCAUUUGCUGCUGGCGUGCGCCGAGGCGGUGGCCGAGGAUAACCUGGAACUCGCGAAGGUGAUAUUGGUGCGUCUCAGAGGACAUGUCCUGCCGGAUGGGAAUCCCAUGCAGCGCCUGGCAGCCUACUUCGAGCAGGCGCUGCGAGCGCGGCUGACGAAGGAGAACAACUCGCCGAUUUUCAAGGGGCUGACGGGCGACAAGAGCAUCCCGCAGGCCGAGGUGCUGGAGGCGUUCAGCGUGUUCUACGAUUGCAUCCCGAUCGGCAAGUUCGGGCAUCUGACGUGCAAUCAGAUUCUGCUGGACGCGGUGGAGAAGGAGCGCACGGUGCAUGUGCUGGAUCUGCAGAUAUGGCACGGAAUGCAGUGGCCCGCGUUUCUGCAGGCGCUGGCGCUGCGCCCCGGCGGGCCGCCCAAGCUGCGCAUGUCGGCGCUCGGCAUCGAUCUCAAGGAGCUCGAGGAGACGGGCGAGAAGCUGCAGGAAUGCGCGCGCAACCUCCAUGUGCCCUUCGAGUUCUGCCCGCUCGUCACCGAGCUCGUGCAGUUCGAGCCCAGCAUGCUCGACAUGCGCCGCGGCGAGGUGCUCGUCGUCAACAGCUUCGUGCAAUUCCACUGCCUGCUCAACAAGGGCCCCGAUCUGCUCACCAAAAUCCUGCGCGGCCUGCGCAUGCUCAACCCGCGCGUCGUCGCCUUCGCCGAGAACGACGGCAACCACAACAGCCCCUCCUUCCUCACGCGCUUCGUCGAGUGCCUGCGCUACUACUCGGCCGUCUUCGACGCCUUCGACGCCUCGCUGCCGCCGGACUCGCCCGCGCGCAUGAAGAUGGAGCAGAUUUUCGCCGCGCAGAAGAUCCGCAACAUCAUCGCCUGCGAGGGGCCCUCGCGCGUCGACGGCCACGAGACCAUGCGCUACUGGCACAAGCGCAUGGAGACGGCCAACUUCAGAAAUACCUCGCUCAGCAGCAGAGCGGUCUCGCAGGCCAAUCUGCUGCUCAAUCUCUACUACUCCAAUGGCUACACGCUGAACACGAGCGAGUGCGGCUACCUGGCGCUGGGCUGGCACGGCAUGCCGCUGAUGGGCGUCUCGGCCUGGAAUUGAUCCUCGCGCUCGAGAUCUCUCUCUCUCUCUCUCUCUCGAGCUGGUUUUGUGUCUGUCGCAGGCCCCGACGACGGGCCCGCCCAAAUUCGUCACUCUUUCAUAUCUUUCCCCUCACACUUACACACGGGCUUCGCUUUUCGCCGAGCUAUCCCCUUGUACAACAAACAGAUCAUGUGAAGAAGUUUUGAGACGCGCACGGGUCAAUUAAGGUCAGUCAGUCAUGACGACGACGACGAUGUUGUUGAUGAUGAUGAUGAUGCGAGCAGCGAGCAGCAGCAAGCAGCAGCAAGCAGCGAGCGAGCGAGCGAGCAAGCAAGAUUUAGAGAUGGCGAGUUGGCUAUCGGCUCGCCGGGUCAAUAAUGGUUAGUUUAAGAGCUGAUCGAUCGAUCACAGAUAGUAGACUGGGGUGGGUGCUCAUCAGCGAUACUCUGUCAUGACUGCUGGUUGAAGUUGAGGAAGUUGUGGUGGUGUUGUGUAAUCGAGCACACCCUUACCAGUUACUGGUACCAGCUUGUAAAAUAUACGAUUGGAAUGCGGGACGUCGGUGCAAUAAUUGAUGUCCAUAUUUCUACUUUUAAGAAAUCCUUCUGUCUCAGUUGGGCUUCACGGAAUCCAGUUUGCUAUCUUCUCUUUGCAGGAGGGAGAGGAUGAUGAUGAUGAUGAUCUUCGGCAGAGCUUCACAGGGUCCGGCGAGCCCGUGGGGCUUCUUGACACCUUUCGGGAUCGGCCCCGUGGUGGCACCAACACCAGCAGCAUUAGCAUUAGCAGCAGCAGCAGCGGCUCGGUGUGCGUUUCGUGCCUGCUUGCUGGCGUGCGUGCUUGCUCGUGUAAUGUGCUCGGGGGCCUCGUCCCGCCUCUUGCAGGAGUCGGGUGUUCGUUUAGCUUCGAUGAAUCCAUCACCUUAAGAUUUGGGCUUACAGUUUUCUCUAAGCGAUUCUGCCUGGAUGCUGAAGAUGUUAUAGACGAAGAAAACCAAUAAAACAUUGUAGGGUAGAGGUUAAUGAUUACGGUGAUAUCGCAACUUUUUCUUCGAGUGUGUUAUUUUUUGACGAGCUGCUGCCUCCAAGUCGCUCCGAUGUAGAGUUUGAUUGGAAGACCCCGGUUGUCAUGGCUCCGGUGACUCAUGAUUUUCAAUGAAGUUUCAAUGUGGAGUUACUCUCUGCCUGUUCGUCGCCC